AUGGAUGCGAAUAGCUCCAAACAAGGCGCUCUGGGACGUGUCCUCAGUGAAAAACUUUCUGAAAAGCUUACCUCCGGCCCGUCAUCACCAAUUGUACCCGCGCCCUCGAACCAUCUGAGCAUCGAUACCCAGGCCGCAGCUCUGCGCAAUGGUGCUUACGACUCACCAGCCACCGCGUCGCGAAUUCCAAAUGGGCAGAUAGAAGAACUCGUACGAUCGCAACAUUUCACUUUAAGAACUCUGCCUCCAUGGAUUCAGUCUGUUGAAGCCGCCGACGACGAAGGAGAGGAUGCCACAGCAGCCGAUCGCCUUUUACCUUCUCAACCGAGCGAUGCAUUUGUAGCUCAGCAUAAUCAUUCACCUCAUGCCUCGUCAAGCCACCACUAUACCCCAUCACCACAACAACCGCUUUUUGAGGAUGACCGUUCGCCCUCCACGGAACGCGAAUCACGCUGGAUAACAUUCUCGCGAUCUAUACAAUACCCUCGGGAACAUGGUACCGAGAAUAAAGAAGUCACACCGGAAUGGUUGCUCGAGAACCAUGGCAGUUACGCGGAUCCCUGGCGAGGGAAGCACCUCGAAGGCGACAGCCCGGAGUAUCCCUUGCACUCGAAAAAUCGUCGGGAGAUCUGGUUCAAGCGGUUCCAGAGUACUCUUCUCAAAAGUCCAAUCGUGCCGCUGAUCUUACGUUUAACUGUCUGGUGCUUCUCGCUCUCUGCUCUCGCUUUGGGUGGAUCUAUCCAACAUUACUCUAAUCAAGGCACCCACUCCCAAGGGCCAUCUGCCCUAAUGGCCAUCAUUGUCGAUGCCGUCGCCCUGGUCUAUCUACUUUAUAUUACGUUUGAUGAAUACACCUCAAAGCCCCUGGGCCUGCGUUCGCCUUCGGCAAAGGCACGACUUAUCUUGUUGGAUCUGGUUUUCAUCGUCUUCGAUUCUGCCAACCUUAGCUUGGCAUUUGAUUCUUUAUCAGAGGUGACUGGAUCAUGUACCGAAGCAGAGGUCAACCAACAAAUAGACCCUCGUAACGACAGGAUUUGUGUUCGCCAGAAAGCCUUGGCAUCGGUUCUCCUGGUGGCUCUGCUUGCCUGGCUAAUGACAUUCUGCAUCAGUGUCCUCCGGCUUGUUGAGAGGGUGAAACAUUGA